CUGACUCCUUAAGUCUGUUUGCAGAAAUUUAUUUAUUAAAAUAGUUUAUAUGCUGCUAAUGCAUCUUAACUUCUUGAUAUUUUUUCUGCAAAUUAUUAGCUUAAAUCAUCAAUGCUGAAAGUUGUAUUUGUGGAGGUAAUACUGUUUGCCUUUCUCAUUUCUUGGCUUCCAUGAGGUUGAUCUAAACUUGAAUCAGCUGGCAAUUUUAUCUCUGUAGAUAUCUGCUCUAGAGUCUCUGCUUAAAGGUUGUGUCUCUAGGAGGUGUCUCUAGUAUAUACUCUGUUGGCAGUUGGAUUUUAUCAAUUGAUUUAUUUCAUUAAUGUUUUAUUAGUUGAUUUAUUUCAUUAAUGUUUGAGUUGUUGUAAUGUAGUAGAGGUCCUAAUUUAUAGGAGAGUAAUCAACUCCUAUACAAUAGGAGAAUUGUUAGGAGAUUGAAUAGUCUUAGAAUUCUUCAAGGAUUAGGAGUGUGUGUUAUAAGUAAGAUUGUAUUCAUUAGUUUUAUGAUAUGAAAAAGAUUAUUUUUUGUUUUUCACAUGGUAUCAGAGCCAAUUGUUUAGGGUUCUACAACCUUCAUUGCUUGCUGCUAUCCUCAAUAGUGCCUCUAGGGUUUGUUUUUCCCCCUCUGGCCUUCAUCGCCGGCACUCUCCAACUUGGUUCUUCAGCCACCCAGCCAUAAGCGGCCUCUUCCCUGUCUUCCCUUCUCCAUUACCGCCAUUGCUGGACCUACCUCUUGCGAGCAGAUCAGCCGCUGCGCGCCGCCCAGUGCUGUCGCGUCUCUUACCGCCUUCUUCUCCGCUCUUUGUUUCCGCUGCAGUUGCGCUGUUCUUUUCGCUGCCACCAGAUCGGAAGCAGCAACUGCUGCCUCCAGCCCCCCUAUCUUCAGCCUUGAUCGCUGCUCCCUUGUUCAUCCACUCAGCCUUAAUUGCCGCCCUUAUCUUCAGCCUUGAUCACUGCAAGUUGUCUCUAGCAAAGGAAUGGCAGAAAACUCAGAUUCCAGCAUGAACACUGGAGAAGUAGCCACUGAAAAUUAUGUAGCAAGUGUUAGUUCGAGAGCUGGUAUUGGUUUUGGGGCAGGAGUAAGUGAGCUUCCCGGCAUGCUACUACCUUAUCGAUUGGAUGGUAAAAACUACCUCCAAUGGGCGCAGCUGGUUCAAACUUUCCUCAAAGGUCGAGGAAAACUCAGCCAUCUUACUUCUCUUCCUCCGGCAGCAACUGAUCAUAAUUUCCAGGUAUGGGAUAUAGAGGAUUCUUUUAUUAUGUCGUGGCUAUGGAAUGUCAUGCAACCUGAUGUAAGUAGGAAUUAUAUGUUUCUAAGUACAGAUAGGGAAAUCUGGGAAGUAGCUAAGCAAACCUACUUUAAAGUGCAAGAUGCAUCGAUUAUAUAUGAAGUUAAAACCAAGAUAAGUAGUACUAAACAAGGGGGGAUGACUGUUACAGAGUACUACAAUAGCAUGAAUGCCUUGUGGUUAGAAUUGGAUCAAUACCAAAAAAUUAAGAUGGUGUGUAGUGCUGAUGCUGCAACCCUUAAUAAGAUCAUGGAAAGGGAUAGAAUUGUUGAAUUUUUGGCUGGCCUUAACUCGGGUUUUGAUCAAGUAAGGGUGCAGAUUCUUGACCGAGAGAAAUUGCCCUCACUCAAUGAGGUAUUUGCAAUGGUAAGAAGUGAGGAAAACAGGCGGGCAGUGAUGUUGCAGGGGGCAUUCACUGAUGGAUCAGCUUUAGUGUCAAACAAAGGAGAAGGAUCAAGGCAGAGAGGUGGAAAAUCAGGGGCACAAGGGCGGCCUAACGACAGAGAGGGACUUUGGUGUACAUAUUGCAAGAAACCUCGGCAUACCCGAGAUAAUUGCUUCAAGCACCACGGAAAGGAAGCAGUCCUAAGCAAAAUGGGAGGAUUCCCAAGUACAACUACUCGACCUAGCACUCAAUCCUAUCUAUCACAAAAGGGACAAGAAGAGGAUGGAACUAUGGAAAAGCUGGAGGAAAAAUUUUCAGAUAUCACUCUUCUCAACAGUGAGGAAAUCAACAAAUUGAAAUUCUUUUUGAAGACCAUACAAGAUGAUGGCAGCUGCUCAUUGGCUCAUCAAGACCCUUUUGGCAAUGAAAACCGGGAGGAGGAUUGGGGCUGCUAGAGAAACAAAUGGGCUGUAUUGCUUGACAAGGAAAGCAGCAAAGAAUCAGCAACCAGUGGCUUGCUCCUCUCAAAUUACAACCAACUAUCACCAAAUAUGGUUGCAUCACUACCGGUUGGGUCACCCACCAUUUUCUUUAUUGAAAUCUAUGUUUCCUACUUUAUUUCUUUCUUUAGAUCCUAGUACUCUUCAUUGUGAUGUAUGUGUUAUAUCCAAACAACAUCGUGUGUCUUACCCAAUUAGCAAUAAACUCCAUUCUAUUCCAUUUGUAUUAAUUCAUUCUGAUGUAUGGGGUCCUUGCAAAAUUCCUACCUAUUAUGGAGCACGUUGGUUUAUCUCAUUUAUCAAUGAUUGUACUCGAAUGACAUGAGUUUUUUUGCUAAAAGACAAAGCAGCCAUUCAAACAGUCUUACCAAAUUUUUGUAAAAUGAUAACGACUCAAUUUGGAACUCUCAUAAAGAAAUUUCGAACUGACGAUGCUCAAGAUUAUUUUAACUCUUAUAUGAAUCACUUUUUCUUACAAGAAGGGAUUGUCCAUGAAUCUUCCUAUGUGGAUACUCCACAACAAAAUGAAGUAGCUGAAAGGAAGAUGAGACAUUUCUUUAAUAUAGCUCGAGCAUUGCUUCACCAUCAUACCGUUCCUAAAAUCUUUUGGGGGGAGGCUGUCCUUACGGCCACAUUUCUUAUUAACCGCAUGCCUACCAAAGUUCUAAACCAACAAAGUCCUCUCUCUUACCUCACUACUCAUUUUCUUGACUCUAAUUUCCACACCACUCUUCCUCUUCGAGUAUUUGGGUGUGUUUCCUUCGUUCAUAUUUCCAAAUCCUCUCAAGAUAAGCUUGAUCUGAGAGUUGUGAAGUCUAUCUUUCUUGGGUAUUCCCCCACACAAAAAGGAUAUAAAUGCUAUCAUCCUCCCACUCGCAAGCUCUAUGUCUCUAAGGAUGUCACAUUUGUCGAUACUACUCCAUUCUUUGGCUCUACCCAAGCUGGUCACCAAGGGGGAGACUUCCUAUGGUGACUCGAGUGACAUCUUCUUUCCUCUACCAUCUUCCCAGUCUACUCUUCAGCUUAAUGCUGAUCCUCAUUCGGUCUCCAGUCAACCUAGUCAUACCUCUAAUCCUGAGCCUACAGACAGUUCAUCUCAUUAGCACUCAAACAACAUUAACCAUGGUGAUGAUCAGGCCAAAUUUGAUGAGCAAAAAGCCUGCCAGUAGCUGUAAGGAAGAUACAAGGGGUCUCCCUAUGUAUAUAAACGAAAACAACCAAACCUAGAAGACCAGCAAGCUCCAAACUCCUCUCCCAUUCAAAGCUGGGAUCACAUGCAAACAAUACCUCCAGCCUCUAUUGGCCAAAUCCUUGAUGAUAUCGACCUUCCCAUAUCUCUUAGGAAGGGAGUUAGAAGCUGCACCACCCAACACCCAAUGGCUAAUUACCUAUCUUAUCAUCGCCUCUCCCAAAACCAUAAAAGCUUCCUAACAUCUCUAGAUUCAAUUAUCAUUCCAAAAUCAAUAACCGAGGCUCUGAAAAAUUAGAAUUGGAAGCUUGCUAUGCUUUAGGAAAUGAGGGCUUUAAAAAGGAACCAUACAUGGGAUAUUGUGGACAGACCUAAGGGAGUUAAUCCAGUGGGGUGUAGAUGGGUAUUUAAUAUCAAGUAUAAGGCCGAUGGGACACUUGAGAGGUAUAAGGCAAGGCUGGUAGCUAAAGGCUACACUCAAUCAUAUAGAAUUGACUACCCAGAGACAUUUGCACCAGUGGCAAAGAUGACCACAGUUCGUAUUCUCCUGUCAUUGGCAGCCUCAUUUGGGUGGAAUCUACAACAACUAGAUGUUAAAAAUGCGUUUCUCCAUGGAGAUUUAGAAGAGGAAGUGUUUAUGGAUUUACCACCAGGAUUUCAUGAGGGACUCAGUGGGAAGGUAUGUCGGCUAAAUAAGGCCUUAUAUGGGCUCAAACAAUCCCCUAGGACUUGGUUUGGGUGGUUAUCUAAAGCCAUGCAUACCAUCGGUUAUAGUCAAAGCAGGGGGGGACCAUACCUUAUUCAUCAAACACUCGACAGGAGGAAAGGUUACUAUGCUAGUUGUAUAUGUGGAUGACAUGAUAGUAACUGGCAAUGAUGAAGGAGAACAGGCAAAGCUUAAAGAAAUGCUAACUAAGGAAUUUGAAAUCAAAGACCUGGGUGUGCUCAAGUAUUUUUUGGGAAUUGAAGUAGCUUAUUCUAAGACAGGUAUUUUUCUGUCUCAAAGGAAAUAUGUGCUUGAUUUAUUGACUGAAAUAGGAUUGAUUGGAGGAAAAGGGGCAAAAAUUCCUAUUAAACCUAACAGCAAGCUAUGGAACAACCCUACUAGCAAGUCUAUAGACAAAGGAAGGUAUCAACGACUAGUUGGAAGAUUGAUAUAUCUCUCUCAUACAAGACCAGAUAUUGCCUUUCUUGUCAACUUGGUAAGUUAAUUCAUGCACAACCCAACUGAGGAGCAUAUGCUAGCGGUUAGAAAAAUCUUGUGUUAUCUCAAGGCUACUCCAGGUAAAGGAAUCCUAUUUAAAGCAGGAAAUAAAUUGAACAUUCAAGGUUUUUCUGAUGCAGAUUAUGCAGGGUCCAUGACUGAUAGAAGAUCUACAAGUGGCUACUGUGUAUUCCUAGGAGGGAAUCUGGUGUUCUGGAGAAGCAAGAAGUAAAGUAUUGUGACAAGAUCAAGUGCAGAGGCAGAAUUUAGGGCUAUGGCCCUUGCUCUAUGUGAAAUUCUAUGGCUACGAAUUGUUCUUGAUGAUCUAAGAAUUUCAGUCCAAGACACAAUUAAGUUGUGGUGUGAUAACCGGUCAGCAAUCAGUAUAGCACAUAAUCCGGUCCAACAUGACCGGACUAAGUAUGUUGAGAUAGACAGGCACUUCAUAAAAGAGAAGUUGGAAGCCAGACUCAUUUACUUGCCAUAUGUUCCAUCAGAGGAACAGGUUGCUGAUAUAUUGAUAAUAUGGUUGCCAGCAAAAAGAUUUGAAGAUCUAGUAAGCAAGCUAGGAAUGUGGGA